AUGGCGAAUUUCGCAGCUCAUUCGCCUUUCCACUCGCCGUCAGAAUCACCGUUUUUCCCGCGCGUCGACGGCGUGACGCUUCUCCGUCGAUUUCUUAGAGAAGGCAGUCGACUUCUGGGGGAAAGCGGGGGAAAUGGAGGCGAAAGCAGCGAGUCGAGCGUAGAUCUGUCCUCGUCGAUGCUUUACACUCCGACCUUCUUGACCGCUACAGUGGCGGCGAUUAUUAUCAUCGUGUCGCUGCUUUUUGAACGGCUUAUUUAUCUCAUUCACAGUUUCUUGGUUCGGAAGAAACGAACAGCUCUCGUGGGGGUGAUGCACCGCAUAAAAGACGAGCUGAUGCUGGUGGGAUUCAUCUCCAUUGUGCUGGCGCUCAUCGGUCCGUUCAUACUCGAACCCAUUGAACCCCCUCAUCCCCACUCCAUCCCUUUCAAUUCCACCCCGUUCUCCCCUCCUGGGCCAUGCAGAGCUGAUGCUGGUGGGAUUCAUCUCUAUUGUGCUGGCGCUCAUCGACCCGCUCAUAGUCCAAUGUCUGCGCCAGCCGGUGCUACUGCGCACCUGGGUCUGUCAGAUGGGCGGCAACUGCUGUCUGGGCGGCAACUGCUGUCUUGGCGGCACGGGUUCGUCGGGCGGCAGCUGCUGGACGCAUUGAUGCAUGGGAUGCAGCAGGCAGAGCACCAUGGUGGUUACCACCAUAAUGGGUACCCUGUGAAUGGUUACAACCAUUGGGGUGGUUACCACCACGGUGGUUACCAUCACAUGAGCAGGAGGGUGUUGUCCAGCUCAGAGAACACGUGCCCAUCUGGCGAGGAGCCCUUCAUGUCGCCAUCGGGAAUACACCAGCUGCAUCUCUUCAUCUUCUUCCUCGCCCUGGGUCACAUCCUUGGACUUGAUAAGUCAGAUCUUUCGACCGACUCAACAGUCACCUCUUCAUCCUUCUUCCUCGCCCUGGGUCACAUCCUCUACUCCUGCAUCACCAUCAUCAUCGCUCACAGACGGGUUAGUACCAUGGUUCCUCCUUAA